AUGGAAAGUGAUAAAAAAGAUGUUGUUCGUGUGGGAUCUAGAAAAAGUGAGUUAGCACUUAUACAAACAAACUUUGUGAUAGAUAGCUUGAAGAAAGUGUAUCCAGAAAAAGAAUUUACUAUAGUAUCAAUGACAACGCAAGGAGACCGCAUACUCAAUGUAUCGCUCCCAAAAAUCGGUGAAAAGUCACUGUUCACAAAGGACUUGGAGGAUGCACUGAGAAACAACAGUGUGGAUUUUGUUGUACAUUCCUUGAAAGACUUGCCGACCACAUUACCAGAGGGAUUGUCUAUUUGUGCCGUAUUUGAAAGAGAGGACCCACGAGACGCGUUAGUACUUCGGGAAGAGUUAAAAGAUUACACGUUAAAAACAUUGCCGGCGGGAUCGGUUAUUGGCACGUCCUCCCUCCGUCGAACUGCUCAGUUAAGAGGCUCGUAUCCCCACCUCUCCGUAGUGGACGUCCGCGGCAAUCUGAACACGAGACUGAGAAAAUUGGACGCGUCAACUAAAGAAUACUCUGCGUUGUUGCUGGCAAAUGCUGGACUGCAGAGAAUGGGAUGGGGGAAUCGAGUGUCACGAAUCCUCCCUUGUUCUGAGAUAAUGUACGCAGUGGGACAGGGAGCUUUGGCGGUGGAAUGCCGGUCAGAUAAUGAGGAGAUAUUAAAUAUGCUCGCGCCUUUCAACCAUCCUGAGACGUACUGCAGAGUCCUAGCUGAAAGGAGUUUCCUGAAGACAUUGGGUGGCGGUUGCAGUGCCCCCGUAGGUGUUUCCACGAAAUUAAAACCACUCGACUCUCAGUUCCAACUCACAAUUUGCGGAGCUGUAUGGAGCAUGGAUGGCACAACAAAAAUCGAUGACACACUCAAGCAAGUGUUGCCACAUAUUAAAAAGACGUCCAAACACAAACUGAGCCCCACAGAAGAUUCAGACUGCAAGAAGUUAAAGAAAGAAGAAAACGGAACGUCAAAUAAAGAGCAAGUCAAUCCCGUGGAAGAAUUAAACAGAAGGAUAUCCGAAGGUCGAGGAAACAGAAAUUGCGUCGAUACGAGAUCACCAGAAGAAAUUGCUAGCUUAAAAGAGUGUCGAAUAUUCUGCGGUCUUUCCGAGAACACCAACAUUCCGAUCGGAGUGAUAGUUAGUUGCGAUAAUUUGGGGAGGGAUUUAGCUAAUAGUUUAAUAUCCAAGGGUGCUUUAGAAGUGAUGAAAGUCACACAAGACUACAUAAGGAGUUCUGUCGCGACUCAGAAGUCCUGA